CUGUACUUCUAGAAUUAUGAUGAUUAAUGAUUAACUAAGAUUGUCAUCUUGUUAGUUUGUAGAUUAUGGAUGGUAGAUCUCUUGCCGAGGGUAGUAAUACUAGCGGAAUUGAAUAGGGGAAUAGGGAUCAGUAUCAUCGUAGGGAGUACUCUAUACGGUAUUACUUUUGCUUUUGCUUUUGCUUUCAUGACAUUAAGGGCGGUAAGGAAGGAAGAGAGGAAUCGGAGAAUUAAUGAGGUCAUUUAUUGGUUUCAGUUUUCGGGGUUUCUCCUAAUGGAGUACUACUUACGGAGUGUUGGUGAUGUGUGAUGUGAUGUGUGAACACCCAUCAUUUACCGAGGCUGUCUUGUGUAUCUGGGAUGGAUGGAUGGGUCAGAAGUAUAUCUUUUCCUUGCUACUACUAUCAUAGUACUUUGUGAGGGAUAUGGAGAAUGUGAAUAUUAGGAAUAU